AUGGAUCGUGCACUAAAGGUUUUGCUGCUGGCCACCCUGAUUCUGCUGGUUUCUGCCCAGACGUGGAGUAACUAUAGAAGCUUGUCUGAUGUAGUACGAAAAUACAUUGACAAAAUACUGGAAAAUGCAAACCAGAAAUUUGGAGGGAAUUAUCACGUUGCUUUUCACUCGCUCAAAGGCAACCCGAAUACUAUGGAGAGCAACUUCUAUGUAAAUGUCCAUCUGAUAGUCACAACAUGCAAGAAGACUUCUCCAAAAGCAUAUGAGCACCGAGAUGAUUGUAUUAAACAAAAACAAAAAACGCCCAUAAUUGACUGUCUUGUGUGUAAGAAAAAAGAUGGUAAAGAACUGGUUGACUGUGCCAGGUUGAUGGAUGUCAAAAAUGGAAAGUGCAAAGAAAUUCGAGAUAAAUGUAAUGAAUAUCACACUGGAGGAGGAUCGCUGAUGCAGACAUUACCAUCUGGGUAUGAGGAGAAGCAGAUUGGAUGCCUCGGAUGUGUGUGA